CUGGGAGGACGGGCCGCCGGGGCUGCGGAGCCUGCGGGUGUGCAGCGCGGCCGUGGGCGCGCUAGGGAGGGCUACGCAGUGGAGGCGCGCGCUGGACCUCUUCCGGCGCGUGCGGCUCAGCCGCCUGCGGCUCGACGCCGUGAGCGUCAACGUCGCCGUGGCCGCCUGCCGGGAGGCUGGGCGCUGGGAGAGCGGCCUGGGGCUGCUCGCGGAGGCCAGGAGGGACGGCCUCCCCCCGACGCUGGUGGGCCUCAACACCCUGCUGAGCGCGUGCGGGCGCGCGGGCGCCUGGCGCGAGGGCCUCGCCGCGCUCGGGGCGGCCGCCGCCGAGGGGAUGCUGCAGGGGUGGGAGCCCGACGUCAUCAGCCACAGCACGGUCAUCAGCGCGUGCGACAGGUGUGCGCAGUGGCAGCCAGCGCUGGCUCUGCUGAGCGCCAUGCGGCCUCCGCUGCCUCCACCGGACGCCUACGCCUUCAACUCCACGAUCAGCGCGUGCGGCCGCGCAGGGCGUUGGGAGCUCAGCGUGGAGCUCUUGGGCCGCAUGCGCCGUGAGAGUGUGCUCCCCGACGUGGUGAGCCUCACCGCCUGCCUGGCCGCAUGCGAGGCGGCCACGUGCUGGAGCGCCGCGGUGGCGCUGCUUCAUGGCGCCGGACGGCUCCAGAUCGCCCCGAACGCCGCUAGCCUCAACGCUGCCAGUGGCGCGUGCAGCCGUGGCGCCCAGUGGCACCAGUGCCUGGAGCUCCUGCGGGUGAUGGAGCGCCGCGGGCUGUCGCCCGACCUCAUCAGCUUCAACGUGGCCCUAUCGGCCUGCGCGAGGCGGGGGCUCUGGCAGCGCGGCCUCGCACUCCUCGCCGAGGCCGCAUCCCGCAGGCUGAGGCCAGCCGCGCUGACGUGCAACCUGGCGUUGGACGCGUGCAAAGCGGGCGGUGCCUGGCGCCACGCGCUGAGCCUCCUCGCGGCUUGCCACCGCCUGCGCCGCGAGCUGGACGUCGUCGGCCUCAACACCGCGCUCGUGGCCUGCGCCCGCGGCUGGGCGUGGCGCUGCGCCCUGGGGCUGCUGCAGCUCAUGCCCGCCCUCGCGGUGCAGCCCGACGCGACCAGCGUCUCGGCCGCCGUGGCCGCGCUGGAGCAGGGCGAGCGCGGCGCCCCCGGCGAGGCGAGGCUCCAC